UGCGAACGUCGAUCGUCGGUGGUCAAGAAUGCUAAAGGAUACAAUCGAUUCGGACGUGAACAGUAUCUGGACCGAGGAGACUUCAACAGCGUUUGCCGUGCUUCGAAGACAUCAAGGGGGAAGUCCAGCUGCUCCAGGCAGGCCGAUUGGAUCUCUUACACCGAAUUAUCAGCCAAACAUCGGGCCAAUUAUCGGGCCAAACGAGAUAAAAACAAACGUUCUAUAUUUUUCAAAAAAGGUACGGCUCGACUAAGGUGCAAUGAGGGCACGUUUCGCGUGCACAACAUUUACGGCGAUGGGAAUUGCAUGUUCCGAGCGAUCAGCUAUAUCCUGUGGCGAAAUGAAGACGAACACCGAUACCUUCGUUCAAUGGUUGUCCAACACAUCAAAGAGAAUUGGCACGAGUACGGUCCGUUCGUAAUGGCCGAAUGGAACAUUUCGGAGCGCCAGGCGUACUGCAAUUACAUGAGCAUGGUAGGGACGUUCGCCAGCGAGCUCGAGUGCACGGUGGCCACGAAGAUGUACUACAUGAAUCUAUCGAUUUAUCGCGAGAUCAACGAGAGACACGAGCUGAAACGGGUGUUUCACAACCUCGUGAGCGCCCAGUACGAAACCGCGAGGCUCCUUUUCACUGGGAACUCGGACAGUGGCCAUUACGACGUCCUGCUUCAAGAACCAGCCUCGUAUCUGCAAUGAAAACAAUGCUGGCUCUUCUGGAGAUCAUUUAACUCGAUCUGGACGCUGUCUUCUCUUCGUUGUCGCUAUAUUUUCUAAUAUAUAUUUAUUUUUGCUAACAUUCGUACGCCUAUUGCUUCCAUCUUCUUAAUUUCCUGCGCUUCUCGAGCGGGAAGAUGAUUGUCUCGGUUUUAAUUGAAUAAAAUACCGUGGUAAGUAG